AUGCUGUUGAGUGACAGUACAGUGACGAUUGUGGAAACCACACUGCGUUACGGAUUUCCAAUGUUAACCCUAACUAUGUUAAAUGGCAUGGCCACAUGGAAGUUAUACGAGCUUGGCAUAAUUCGUUUUCGUAAGUCAGAAUCAAAGCUUGAAUCACAAAAUAACAUAUCUUAUCGUGCGGAAUCUAAUGAACGAUCAAAACAACCUAUCUUGAUCACGGCAGAAAUGCGACUGUUUGUGAGCACAGUCAUUUUGGUAGUGGAAAUGACGACAAUGGAAGUGUUUGCCGUCACCCUGAUUUCGUUGGAUCUUCGUGGAGUGAUAAAUUAUAGUAUUAAUUCAAUCAUACGUGUCUAUUACUACAUUAUAAUAUCUGUAUUUGGCAGUUUGAAUCCGUGUUUGGAAAUUUUCACACUUUCUGCAUUGAGAGAGACCAUGCAGAAGCAUUGCAAAGCUUGGAUUUCGUUGUGUUCCAAACCUAAGACGUCCCGGACCACUGAAACCGAAUGA